UCAGCCAAGCAUUUCGCCAACGAGCCUCUUGCUCUCGUCAAUGCCGCCCUCCGCUCGGCCACAUACACCAACCCCUCCAUUGGCUUUGAUGCCGCGCAAAAGACCGUCUUCCUUCGCGAUGCUGCUUCUCAGCCUACCAUUGCCCUGAUCUCGGGCGGUGGUUCCGGCCACGAGCCCUCAUUUGCGGGCUUCGUCGGCAAGGGCUUUCUAACCGCUGCUGUUGCGGGCUCUGUCUUCGCCUCUCCUUCUGCUGAGCAGGUCUUUCGCGCAAUUCGCCGCGUGGGUGCAGAGCAGCCACAGCGUGGCGUGCUGGUCUUAAUUAUGAAUUACACAGGAGACAUGCUGCACUUUGGCAUGGCAGUAGAGAAGGCUCGCGCUGAGGGCAUCAAGACUGAGCUUUUGGUUGUGGGAGACGACGUUGGCGUUGGCAGGAAACGUGGAGGACGAAUUGGCAGGAGAGGUCUGGCUGGAACAGUCCUCGUACAGAAGAUUGCGGCCGCUGCUGCUGCUCAGGGACAAUCUCUGGAGCAGGUCUCCCAAAUCGCUACCCUUGCUUCUGAGAAUCUUGCCACCGUUGGCGCUUCUCUAGCUCAUGUCCAUGUUCCUGGUCGUGAAAUCACCCCCGACGAGCUUGGCGAUGAAAUUGAAAUCGGCAUGGGCAUUCACAACGAAGAAGGCUUCGGCCGUGUUAAGACGACCUUGAAGGGCCUCGUCGAGACCAUGCUCAAGCAACUCCUUGACCAAUCCGACAGCGAUCGCGCCUACAUCAACGUAAAGUCUGGGGAAGAGGUUGUUGUCAUGGUAAACAAUCUCGGUGGUAUCAGCCCCCUUGAGCUCGGCGCAAUCACAACGGAGGUCAUUGACCAGCUCGAUGCCUCUUAUAAAAUCACGCCAUCAAGGCUGCUUAGCGGCACAUACAUGACCAGCUUGAACGGCUUGGGAUUCAGCAUUACGAUUCUUAAAGUGGCUAAUGAGGCCAUUUUGCCUUUGAUUGAUGCUCCCGCCGAUGCUGCUGGUUGGUCACCGGCCGUCCGCCCCGAAAACUGGGCUAAUGGCAUUGACACCACCAAGUCGGAGAUCAAGGAGGAAACCCCCUCCCAAGAUGAUUCAGCCCCCAGCAAUCUUGACUUGGAUGCUGGAUUUACUACUUCCAAGCUGCAAUCAGCUCUCAAGAGCCUCAUUGCUGCAGAGCCGCAAGUCACCAAAUUUGAUACCAUUGUGGGCGAUGGAGACUGCGGUCUCUGCCUCAAGACGGGUGCCGAGGCCGUGCUGAAGCAUCUCGAAAGCGUCUCUUCAUCAGGGCAGCUUGACACCGUGCACUUUGUCCGAAACAUUGCCCAAGUCAUUGAGUCAAGUAUGGACGGCACUUCGGGCGCGCUUUACGCCAUCUUUAUCAACGCCCUGGCUUCUGGCCUCCAAGGCCAGGCCAGCAGCCAAAAGACCACCGUCACUCCUCAGAUUUGGGCGACUGCUCUCCAGGCGGCCCUCAAGAGCUUGGCCAAGUAUACUCCUGCUCAGCCGGGUGACCGCACCGUGGUUGAUGCGCUUGUACCGUUCGUCAACACGCUGGCGGAGACGCUCGACGUUCAGAAGGCCGUCGAGGCCGCGACGAAAGGUUCAGAUUCAACAAAGGGCAUGGAGGCCAGCCUGGGGCGAUCAGUCUACGUCAAUGCCGAGGGAUGGAAUGAAUGUCCUGAUCCUGGCGCGUAUGGCCUGGUCAAGCUGCUGGAGGGCUUCCUGGUCUAA